AUGAACAGAUAAAUAAGUCUUCACAAACUUGUUGACUAUCUUCCAAAUUAAAAAUUUAGUGUAUAUGCUAAUUAUUUGGGUGAAUGCUAGGAGAUAUUUCUUUAAAUUACUUAAAUAGUUGAAAGAAAUAUUUCAUAUGAUAAAAUUUUUUACUUAUUUAGAAAAAUAAAAACUUUAGAGCUAUCCUUUUAAGAUUUUGAAAUUGAAAAUAUUUAUGAGUUUAGUUAAGCAUUUAAAUAAUUAACUGAGUUAAAAGAUUUGUAAAUAUCUCUUAAUAACUGCAAAAAUUAAGCAAUUUACAAAGUUGUAAGAGAAGUUUUGCAAUAUUUCAAAGGCCUAAACAGUCUCUCAAUUACUAUUCAAUUUUGUUCAGUGCCAGAAAAAGAAUUUUAAAAUAUCAUAGAAACGAUAUAAAACACCUAACUGAAUCUAGAGUAGAUAAACAUUUAAAUUUAUUAGUCUUUAAUUAAUUAAAAUAGCUUUGCACUUUUAGCCAAGGAUAUUAACAAUUUAACUUUAUUGAAGACAUUCAUUUUAAAUUCAAACAAUAAAAUAGGUGUUUAAGGGGCUAUUGAAUUAGCUCAUUUGAUUUAAAAUAUAAGUUAAAUUUAAGAAUUAGAUUUGGUUUUUGGAAAUGAAGAUAAAAUUGGAGAGAAUGGGUUGGUUGCUUUAUCUCAUAGCAUUCAAAAGCUAGUUAAUUUAAAGCAACUUAAACUUGCAAUUCUUAAAAACGAUGUCUAAACUUAAGGGCUAAUUGCAUUAGUAAAUUCUAUCAAAAUACUAAAAAAUCUUUAAAUAUUAAGUUUAAAUUUUAUUGAAGACAAUAUACAAAGUGAAUUUGCUGAAUAAUUUGGAAAAUGCCUAGAAAAUUUAAGUUCCUUAAAAGUUCUUUUACUUAACAUAAAAAUUCAAAACAUUGGACAUUAACUAGGUUUAGCUCUUGGCAAUAGUUUAAAAUAACUAAAUAAUUUACAGAAUUUAUAAAUUAGUAUCGAUGCUGCAAAUAAGAUAUAAUCAAUUGGUUGCUGCGCUCUGGCCUAGUCUUUCUAGAAUAUAAUAAAUCUUUAAAAAUUGAAAAUUUUAAUUAACUAAAAUGAAAUAGGACCAGAAGGAGUAGCUUAGAUUGGAGAAGGAUUAAAAAAUUUGUCAAAUCUGUAAAAAUUGCAACUUUCUAUAAUAGGAAACUAGUUUUUGCCAUAUGGAGCUCAAAAAUUAGGAGAUGGAUUGAAAAAUUUAGUUAAUUUGAUAGAAUUAGAAUUUAGAAUAAGUUAAGAGUCUUAAAUAUAAGCACAAGGUGCAAUUUAUUUAGGAAAAGGAAUAUAAAAUCUAAAAAAUUUAAAAUAAUUGCUUUUUUCAUUAGAAAAAGUAGAUUUAUAGGACGAAGGAAUCGUUGGUUUUACUAGAGGAUUUGAAGAUCUCUCUAAUUUAAUUAAGUUAGAAUUUUGUCUGUCUGGAAACGGCAUAACAAAUAAUGGAUAUAAAGGAUUAGGAUAAAAUAUAUAAAAGCUAAAAAAAAUUAAAAUUAUAAAUUUUAGCUCAAGAGAUUAUAAUUUAUCUGCUGAAAAUAUUGAUAUGCUGGCUUAAGGAUUUAAUAAGUUAGCAACCUUGAAAAAACUUAUUUUGAGAAUAAGUUUACAGAGUGUGAUGGGAGUAUGCAAUUAUUUGCAUUAAAUACCUAAUCUGGAAUAUAUUUAUUUUGGUGUCAUGGAGUAUUUUCUUACCAACAACAAAAGUGAAGAAUUAAUUAAAAUUUUAAUAAAUUCAAUAUCAGAGGUUAAAUCUCUUAGAGUGCUUUAUUUCUCUUAUUUAAAGAGAUUGUAAGAAAAAUUCAUUAGCAAAAAUAUAUUCAGAAAAAAUUUGAAGCUCGUUUCGAUUAGUUCCUAAGUUAAAUUAAAUUGA